CUCUUCAACUUCAGAACAGAAGAGAAAGAAGAACACAGAGAAAGAAAGAACGGAGAGAAAGAAAGAACGGAGAAGACUCUCUAGUUUAUCCCGAAGGUUUAAGAUAAAUCAUGGACGCUUUUGAUGCGAUUCCUAACCACGUUAUCAUCGACAUUUUGAACAGAGUUGGUGACGUCAAAACGCUGAUACGAUGUCGUUCCGUCUCGAGACGAUUCAACUCGCUCGCUACUCAGUCAGACUCCCUCCUUCUCCAGCUCGAUCAGAUCCUCGGCGCCGCCGAGCCGGAACCGGAGAUCAAUUCUCCGGUGGCUAGCUUCUUCCGUUCGAUCUUCAAAUCCAUUAACGGACUCCUCCCGAUCUUCUCCAGAUCCGCUAAACCGGCCGAAACUCCGAAAUCUCCGGCUCAGAUUCUCGCCGGAUUCAACCGGAUCCGGAGUCUUGACGUGGAGCUAUACGGCGGCGACGCCAAUCUCGAGAAAGGCGCCGCCGUUAAGUGGAAGGCGGAGUUCGGAGAAACUCUCAAGAGCUCCGUCAUCGUCGCUUUCCGAUCGGCGACGGUCAACGAAUCCGCCACGGAAUCUCCGGUCAACGCUGUUGAGACCGAUUCGGAGUUCGUCUGCGGAUUGAAAACGCGCGUGGUGUGGACGAUCAACGCGCUGAUGGCGGCCUCGACGCGUCACCACCUGAUGAGAGAUCUCGUGAAGGAGCACAGAGAGAUGGAGAGGCUAACCGUGCGCGACAGAGAGGGGGAAGGCACGGUGGUGAUGGACGCGGCGGGGAUGAAAGAGUACAGAGAGACGGAAGCGUGUGCGGACGAGAAGGGUUUUGAGCGCGUGAGGGAGCGCACGGAGGUGCCUAACGUGAGGAUGAGUAUGAGACACGCGCCGUUGCUGAAGCUGAAGAGCGGGAUUUGUCUCGAGGCCGCGACGCUCGUGGUCGUGAGGCCGAGUGGCGUGACUUCCGAUGAUAACGAUGCUGAGCUGGCGAUGGAGGCGUUCGCCGCCGAUUGUAUGUACGGAGAAGCCGUUACGGCAUUGCUGAAACGUAGGAGAAAUGUGUUAGAGAUGAAUUCCUUUUAGAAUCGAUGAUAAGGCCCAAUGGGCUUUUAUUUGUUUGGCCUUUUUAUGUAUAGUGUAUACCGACAACACCGUACAAAGCUAUCUGUACUUGAUGGCGUACGAGUUUGGUCAAACUCGAAUUAUUACAAUUAAUAGAAUAUGAUUACCACAUUAAA